AUGCAGUCCAAAAAUACACCUCAACCCACUCCACCACCAGCGGCAACACCAACUGCAGCUCCGCCUCCGCGUGCUGCAGCUCCCACCUACACCAUGAGCUGUGCCGACGCCCGCCGCAAGCAGCAACUCCGCAAGCAACUCAACAGCAUCUGCGAGAAGGUGGCCACCAGAUCCAAGGCCCUCAUCGACACCAGGUACAAGUACUCCUGUAUGGAGCACAUGCAGGAGUACAAGCUCUACGUGUUCUUCGAGCCCGAAGUCAACCUGGCGAUGCUCAGCAUCACCUGCGAGCACCAGCGCCAGCAGAUCGAAGAGGUUGUCAAGGCGCAGCUCGAGGUGGCAAGGUGGGCGAACUUGCUUACCAUGGCGGAAGCAGAGGAGAAGCGGCUUGAUGCCGAGUUCUGGGCGCUUGUCAACAAGUACAAGAAGGGUUGA